AGUUUCCAGUGGGCUGUCGAGUGAAAAUUAAAUAAUAAUGAAUAACCUAAAAAUCUGAGCUUUGUAAUUUGGAUGUAUUUUAAUAAGUUUUUUUUUGUGAAAAAUAGCUUCUGUAUUGAAAUAAAAAUGACCAUAUCAAAUAUUGCCCGUAUAGUGAGUUUAUCUAAAGUGUCUAAAUCAGUAUGUUUUAUUCCAAAAGAGAGUUAUUCAUCAUAUGUUAAAUAUGCGGAACACAAGCCACUAGAAAAAAUCAGAAAUAUUGGAAUCUCUGCACACAUUGACUCUGGUAAAACAACUCUUACAGAGCGAGUGUUAUUCUAUACAGGCAGAAUAGACCGGAUGCAUGAAGUCAAAGGCAAGGAUAAUGUUGGAGCUGUAAUGGACUCUAUGGAAUUAGAACGGCAGAGGGGUAUUACAAUUCAAUCAGCAGCCACAUAUACAAUAUGGAAAGAACACAAUAUUAAUAUAAUUGAUACACCAGGUCAUGUUGAUUUUACUGUUGAAGUAGAAAGAGCAUUAAGAGUUUUAGAUGGUGCAGUCCUUGUAUUAUGUGCGGUUGGUGGUGUUCAGAGUCAAACAUUAACUGUUAAUAGGCAAAUGAAAAGGUACAAUGUACCUUGUCUCGCAUUUAUAAAUAAGCUGGAUAGAUUAGCUGCUAAUCCGGAAAGGGUACUCAAACAAAUGCGCUCCAAAAUGAAACAUAAUGCAGCAUUUCUUCAUCUUCCUAUUGGAUUGGAGAAGGAGUGCAAAGGCAUAAUAGAUCUUGUGGAUGAGAAAGCAAUGUACUUUGAUGGUGAUUAUGGAGAUAUAGUUAGGCUUGAGGAUAUACCUGUAGAUAGAAGGGCUGAAGUCAAGGAUCGGAGGCAUGAACUUAUUGAACACUUGUCUAAUGUUGAUGAGAAACUUGGUGAAAUGUUCCUUGAGGAGAAAACACCUGAUGUUCAAGAAGUACGAAGAGCGAUUAGGCGUACAACAUUAAAUAGAACAUUUACACCAGUAUUAUUAGGUACAGCAUUAAAGAACAAAGGUGUGCAACCAUUAUUGGAUGCAGUGCUAGAUUAUCUUCCACACCCUGGGGAAGUUGAAAAUACUGCCAUAAUUGGUGAGCGGAAGGGUGCUGAUGGUGAAACUGUAAUACUAGACCCAACAAGAGAUGGGUCAAAACCAUUUGUUGGUUUGGCAUUCAAGUUGGAAAUGAGCAAGUUUGGUCAAUUGACGUAUUUGAGGUGUUAUCAAGGGAUGCUUAAGCGUGGAGAGUACAUAUAUAAUGCCAGAACAUCCAAAAAGGUAAAAAUAUCACGUCUAGUAAGAAUGCACUCAAACAACAUGGAAGAAGUUAACGAAGUGUUAUCUGGCGACAUCUUCGCACUUUUCGGUGUGGACUGUGCUUCAGGUGACACCUUCAUAAAUGAUGCCAAGUUACAGCUUUCUAUGGAAUCAAUACAUGUACCAGAUCCUGUUGUGUCAAUGUCAAUUAAGCCUAAGAAUAAUAAGGAUAGAGAUAAUUUCUCAAAGGCUGUUGCAAGAUUCACAAAAGAGGAUCCAACAUUCCAAUUCCGUUACGACGGCGACAACAAAGAAACCCUGGUCUCUGGAAUGGGUGAGCUGCAUCUAGAAAUAUACGCUCAAAGGAUGGAGCGAGAAUACAACUGUCCUGUGGAAUUAGGAAAACCUAAGGUAGCCUUUAGAGAAACAAUGAUGUCGCCAUGUAAAUUUGAUUAUCUACACAAGAAACAGUCGGGCGGCGCGGGGCAAUACGCGAGGGUCACUGGAAUAAUGGAACCUCUGCCUCCAGAUCAGAACACAUUGUUAGAAUUCAAUGAUGAGACAGUAGGAACUAACAUUCCAAAGCAGUUCGUCCCCGGUGUAGAGAGAGGUUUCCUCGACUCCUGCCUGAAAGGAAAUCUCUCUGGACACAAGGUCUCCGGAGUCAAGUUCAGGUUACAAGACGGAGCUCAUCAUAUCGUGGACUCAAGUGAACUCUCUUUCUUCCUGGCUGCUAAAGGGGCUGUCAGAGAGGUAUUUGAAGAGGGCGCGUGGCAGAUACUGGAGCCUAUAAUGUUCGUGGAAGUGACAAUGCCUGAAGAGUUCCACGGCACCGUGAUUGGUCAGCUCAAUAAGAGGGGGGGUAUCAUCACCGGUACUGAGGGUGGAGACGGAUGGACGUCUAUAUAUGCUGAAGUGCCGCUUAACAAUAUGUUUGGAUAUGCCGGGGAAUUAAGAUCUAUGACACAAGGCAAAGGGGAAUUCAGUAUGGAGUACAGCAGGUAUUCACCAUGCUUGCCGGAUGUGCAAGAAAAGUUGAUCAGGAGCUAUCAAGAGGAGAUGGGGUUGUUGCCAGAACAAAAAAAGAAGAAGAAUUGACACAACCGCCUAGGACUUUUUAGUUUAAUUUAUUUAUUUAAGAAUGAAUUAUGUACAAUAUAGGUAAUGCUAUUUACAAA